AUGGAGCCUCCCACCCUCACCAACCCGCGCUUUACUCUCGAGUUGGAAUUUGUUUCUUCUCUCGCCAAUCCCUACUACCUUUCUCACCUUGCUGUUACCUACCCUAAUCUCCUGGGCAUCUCCCAUGCCGACGACGAUGACGACUCCGGUACUUCACCAGACGCCCAGGCAUUUGCAGCCUACCUAGCCUACCUCUACUCCUACUGGAAGACACCGGAGUACUCCCAGUUUCUCACACACCCUGGUCCCACGCUACGGGCCCUGCGAUUGCUGCAGGAGGACAAGUUCCGCCGCGACAUCAUUCUCCCGCAAGUCAUUGAAGGGCUGGCCGGACUGAGCAUGCCUAUCGAACCUGUGCAGGCCGAGGCUGAGACAGAAGCGGCAGAGGAAAAGCCACACGAUGGCCAGGAUGGGACCAAGACCUGA